UUUUGGGUGGUGGUCAGGUUUUGAUAAAUCGUAUAAAAUAGCUGUCGCGAAUGGGAGCAUCAUCAUUCAGUGCACAACAGUCUGAAAUCAUUUGUCAAUCAUGUACAAGCAGAUCGUUGCCGUUUUCGCAGUCCUCGGACUUACCGCCGCCGGACCCAAAGCCAGCAAUCUGGUUCCUUCGGCCUACUCAGCUGUAGCGCCCCAGGUCUCAUACUCCCCAGUGGUCUACUCCGCCCCUUCAUACAACGUCGCCCCUGCCGCCUACAGCGCCCCCAUAAAGUACAGCUCUCCUGUCGCCUACACCGCCGCCGCACCGUCCGUCUACUCAGCUCCUGCAUCCGUUUACGCAGCACCUGCAUCCGUCUACCCUGCCGCAGCACCUGCGUCCGUCUAUCCUGCCGCAGCACCUGUCUACGCUGCCCCAGCAUCCCUCGCCUACUCCGCCCCCGUCUCCUACUCCGCCGUACAAGCCCCCGUUGCCUACGCUGCCGAAAGCCCAGUGGAAUACCCAUACCAGCCCGCUUACUACUGGAAGAAACGCUAAGAAAACUUGUAACUUGCUANCCUAGUCUUGUGU